UUAUGCCGAUAUAAUCGAUAUAAUUGAGGCAUAAUUCGAACGAGUUUUCCGGAUACAGCGACCUGUGAUUGGCACGCAAUAGUUUCUUGAGCCAGGAUUCAGUUCACACAUUUUGUUCAGUGAUUGGCGAGGAUGGGUUUGGCACCAACCGCGCCGCACGCGAUGCUGCUGGAGGUGGUGCAGAUCGCCCGGUCGAUCCAGUCGUCGACAUCGGAUUACGUUAACUUCCCUGCGCGGUUCACAGUGCCAGAUGUCACCCCGUGGCCGAAAUCUCUCCGCGGUCGCACGAUUCAAGUUGCGAGGGUGCGCAGGCAGUUCAAGGAUGGCGUGCUUCCCACCGCCGUAGUGGAAGCGCUCAACAACGUCGGGUUCGUGUGGGACGCCAAGCAGCACAACUGGACCUUGCGCGUCUUGGCGUUGAAGACGUACAAGUCGUUGUAUCACAAUCUGCUCGUGCCGUACGAGUUUACGGUCCCGCCACACGCCGCCACGUGGAGUCGAGACCUGUGGGGAUGCAAACUCGGUGUCGCCGUGACCAACAUUCGGUCCCGAGCCCACCAGCUGCCUCCGGACCGCAAAGCCGAGCUCGACGCGCUGGGGUUUGUCUGGGACUCGCACGAGCUCACGUUUGACAUCAAAGUGCUCGCGCUAAACACAUACAAACAGCUCCACGGCCACGUGCACGUGCCGUUUGAGUUCAAAGUCCCCGAUACCCAUCCAUCGUGGCCUCCAACAUGCUGGAAACUCAAACUUGGCCGCGCCGUACACGAUUUGCGAUGCCGAGGCGACCAUUUAACACCCGAGCGUCGCGACGUGCUGGAUGCGUUGGGGUUUGUGUGGGACAGCCACGAGUUGAACUGGGAUAUGAAGCUCCAGGCCUUGGCUACGUUCAAGCAAGUGUUCGGCGGCACACUGGUCGUCCCUCAGGACUUUGUGGUGCCGUCCACCGCGCCGUGGCCACAACGGUCGUGGUCGAUGAAGCUAGGCAAUAGCUACUACCUACGUACAAUACAACCGUGUUCACUGUACCUAAGUACUGGUCGAGGGUUACUAUAUACUGAGGAGUAGGCCAAGCCGUGACGAACAUGCGAUUCCGAGCCGACUCGAUGUCUGCGGAACGCCAUGCGCAGCUCGAAGCGAUAGGAUUCAUCUGGGAUUACCCCGAGCUCCGGGUGGAUGCUGGCGUGCUGCUGCAAAUCAAAUCGAUCGCCGCCUGCGAAUUUGACAAGGAGAACACCAACAACCACAUAUUACUUGGAUCAUCCAACGAAGAUCAUAUUAAUGCAUUCAACGACGACGCGUCAAGUAAUCGGAUAAUGUAAAGUCCAAUUUUAUCAACGCA